AUGGCUACAUCAGGGGAAUAUAUGAACGACCUUUUGGAACUAGGACUUCAAUCAUUAUCUUUCACACAAAGUCCUGCACGGUUACUCAUUGUAGACCCCAACGACAAUAUCUUAGGGAUUAACAACGCUGCCAGAAAGUUUCUAUUCCCUUCGCCAUCGCCAUCGACACCUGCAACAAUCAAUGAGUUGCCUUCGAAGUUGAAGGAUUUACCAUUAGUCAUUCUGGACGAAAAUGCUCGAAGAUGGAUCAAACUAGACCAAGUUCUCGCAAAUGUUCGAGAGGAACUCAAGCGUGGUGAUGACUCCCAUAAUUGUGUGGAGGCAGCUACGAGUGGCAUCCAUGCCAAACCAAAAACGCCUGUCCGGAUAGAGUCAUCUUUAAUACAGACUUCUUCGGGGAGAAUUUAUAGCAGUCUAUGUCUAAUACCUUCGGAAACAGACAUAGAGGCCGAGAAAUCCACCACAGCGGUGGUCCCCAAGCUGAUGCAUAUGAAAGACAAGAUUCUCGACCAUUUGCAUGAGCUUGUGAUAUUCUGUCUUUCCAUCGACGGAAAUCUUCUUGUAACCAACAAAGCAGCGGAGGCACUCCUUGGUGAUAGCACGCCUGAGGUUGGAAAGGGUAUCGACUGGUUGAAGGAAAGGUGGAAGGUGUACGAACCCGACUUUUCUGCAGAAAUUCCGUUUGAGAAAUGGGGUAUUUAUCCUUUGCUCACCGAAGGAAGGAUUGUAAGGCAAACCAUUGGGUAUUUCGAUCCGACUGGCGCACGCAAGGUCAUAGAGCUGGGAGGGGAGCCUAUCAAAGAUGAUGAUGGGAAUCUAGUAGCCGGAAGUGCGUUCUUUUCAGAUUCUGGCUCCUUCAAAUUGCGAAAUUUUUGGUCUCCCCGUUUUGCGUUGUCUCCAACAGGGGCUAACAGAGAGAUAGUUGUCUGGUUAAAGGAUGAAACUAGCUGGCAUAAAAAGGGCGAAGAGGAAUUUAGGAGGAUUUGUAAUUCUAUUCCACAAAUGGUAUGGCGAUCUGAAUCAUCCUCUGGUUUCCCUUUCGCUAAUUUCUUGCAGAUGUUUGCCCUUACGCCGGAUAUUCAACCCGAAUACUUUAAUCAACGCUGGUACGAAUACACUGGAUUAAAAUCCGUGGACGAAAUACGGAGUAGAUAUAAUAAUCCCUUUUGGAGUAUUUGCCAUCCUGUGAGACUACCCUUCGUCGUUUAA